AUGGCUUCUAAGAACAAAAAUAUUAGUGCGUGGGGAUAUGAGGCUCUUGCUGACUAUAUAAGCAACAAUAAUGCUAGUGAAGUUUCUGUUCCAAUGGCUUCCUCAAUUGCCGAUAUUCAAAAUAAUGCUGAAGAUGAAUUAACAUGGGAAAAUGUAGACUCAGCUCAAAGUGACUUUAAUUCAACAAAUUCAAUUUCUACUUCUGAGACAUACGAAAAUGAUUACAUUAUAAGUGAAACAUUAUGUAAUAAUUUUGUUCCUUGUGUAUUAAUGGACGUUUAUAAUGGAGAGUUAAAACGUUGUCCAAAUUAUGAAAAGCCAGGACAUCAACUUCGUCCCCUUUGA